ACAUGUACACCUUCAUUGAAGGUUACUGCAAGUGUAAUUUCAGUGGCAAAAUUCCACCAAAAGAGAACCUUACUGACAUACUGCAAUGGGUUGAAUACUCAGAUGAAGACGACGGAGAAGAAACAUUGCUACAUGCGAAACGGCGACGUAGACACGAGAACCCAUCAAAAAGUGUCCUUGAAAGUAUGGCAUCGAUUUUCCUGUUGGCUGUUCUUCCAGCAAAUCCAGUUCAUCAUCACGAUUGUCUAGUACUUGUACACAUGUGUCAAAUGAUGAAACCCAACAAUCUGAACCAACAACAAUAG